CAAGCCCAGCCGGCUCGGCUGGGGGUUUAAGGCACAGGAGUGCAAGUGUCCAGUAAACCCAAGGGGUUCUGUUUUACCAGGUGUACAUACAUUUAGGGCGUACUAAUUCAGUAGGAUUUCUAUGACAGUCGGGUUUCACGAUCAUGUAUGCCUCCUUGAUGAUACGAAACACUGUUUCACAGAUAAUGGUGAUCUGGUGAGGUAGAAGUGGUAUGAAAAUUGCAGAAUAAGGUAAAAAAAAUCUUGUGGCUCUGUGUGAUGUGGGAGAGCUUGUGGGGAAGAGCCAAAGGAGGCAGUUGAUCCAAAUAUUCCCACUUUCAGUGGGGAUGGGUUUCUUCAUUGAGCUCUGUUGAAUGAGCAUGGCAAGUCCAUGAGGUCCAAUCUUACAUGGGGCGCCUUGAGACUUCAGACAAAGAGUCAGUGCACUUAGUAGAAAAUGAGAUUCAGGCAAGAAUAGACAAUAUAUUCAGCAACUUGGAGCGUCUGGAAAUACUGUCCAGCAAAGAACCUCCCAAUAAGCGACAGAAUGCUAAACUUCGAGUUGACCAGCUGAAGUAUGACGUUCAGCAUCUGCAGACAGCUCUGAGAAACUUCCAACAGCGCCGUUACAUCCGGGAGCAGCAGGAGCGACAGCGAGAAGAGUUGCUUGCACGGACAUUCACUACUAAUGACUCUGACACCACCAUACCGAUCGACGAAACAUUACAGUUUAAUGAAUCCCUCCAGAAUGCCCAUCGUGGCAUGGAUGAUCUUAUUGGCAGUGGGACCAACAUCCUUCAGGGGCUGAGGGACCAGAGAGUGACAUUAAAGGGUACUCACAAGAAGAUCCUGGAUGUUGCCAACAUGUUGGGCUUAUCCAAUACAGUCAUGCGGCUGAUUGAGAAGCGAGCCUUUCAAGAUAAAUACUUCAUGAUUGGGGGAAUGAUUUUGACUUGUGUAAUUAUGUUUCUCGUCGUGCAGUAUCUGACUUGAGCUACUGAACUGUCGCCGGAGGAGAUUGUCUUCUGGAGCAAGACGGACUGUCCUCCGAACUGUACUUCCCUCUGAGUGCUGCUUUGGAUAAGCCCCUCCUGUGAACUUCAGAGUUUACAAAUCACUCUCAGACACAUGUCACAUGGAAAGCACGUAGGGUAACAAAUUUCUACAGGGAUGCUGUAGUUGAGAAUGGCCCUAUAAAAAUAUCCCUAGCCUGUGCUGCUCUCACCUUGCCGCCUGCGAGUUUAAGAAUCUGGUUAAAUAGGAAGCAGAAGUGAAUUUUUUGCCCAGCUGUAUUGGCAGGUAGGAAUGUCCUUUUGGGUAGGCAGGGGUAGGAGGAUGCAAAGGCAGAAGCAUAGGAUGUGGUGAGCUACAAGUGACCCUGAUUGCUGUGUUCUGCAAUGAAAGGAUGCCACUGAGGAGAACUUCGCACUGUUUGUGGGCAUGCUCCUGUGGAGUAAGCAUGCAAAAGAAAAAGAGCUGGGAAGUGCAGGGUUCUCAUCUGCAAAGUCAUUGUUUUGCUUCUGGGAGAAGGAUUUGUGGGGAAGGGUCUUAAAGCAUGGUUAUAACCUCAACUAACUUUUUUGUUUACACACACAGUAUUAACCAGCACAAAUCUUCCCAUUUUAGGCUGAAAUGCUUCUCAACUUCUCCAAGGUAUGUUUUGGUACCUUAUUAUACCCUGCUCCUUCCCAGUGGAAGCUGAAUGUUGUACCCCUGCCUGCUUUCAGUCAGGUACACAUCGGGCCCAUGCCAUCCCGCUGUGCCGAGUACCAAAUCCAGCCUAAGACCGUCAUUUUUAGUGUUAGUGCACAUCAUGUUUUGGUGCAUUUUCUGAGGUGGUUGGGGCUUUGUGCUCUGAAUCAGUGAAGCAGGCACCUCCUCAAUGUGCUCAAAUUCAAUUUGUGAUUCUUACGCUCAUAGAACUGGAAUGGGCUCUCUCUGCUGUUCUUUGCAUUCAGAGUGACAGUGAGAUCAGGGCAUCAGACCUUUCACUUAAAAGCAGUUGUCGUCAGAAGAGUGUCCUGAAGUUACGGUGCCUUGGGAUGGCAAACAUCCCUCAUCCUUGAGAAGGGUCGUCUUUGCGUUAUCCUUUGUACCUGCAGAAUUACUGUGAAGGACACUCUCAUGCCUGUUGUCUCGCUGAGAUGAUGGCCAAUGUAGACAUAGCUCCUUGGCUGCAGGUAUCGAUAGCAUUGAAACAUUUGCAGUUAGGAAAUGCCUUGUCAUUUUGAUGCGGUACUCCUUCCCCUGCAGGCUGGAGGGCUCUGUUGGAAUGGCCAUCCUGAGAUUUUGGGCAUCAUCUAUUUCAGUCAGCCUUUGGAUACAUUCCCACCCCAGUUUGUGUGCAAGUCGGGAGCAUUUCCAGCAUCUGACGGUGGCACAGAAGUGUCACGUUCAGAUGACGUGGCAUAAUGCUGGAAAUUCCUUCUUUUUUUUGUCUGGAAUGGUUGUGGGUCUUUUAAUUAGUAACAGAUUACAAGUUCUGUGUCCUAUCUUUGCUGCGAUAAGCUUCGCUUUUAUUAUGUAGCUUGUUGCAACCUUGGAGAAAUGGUAUUAAUAACUCUCAGAAAUUAAUUUUGUUGAAUAUGGGCAAGCGAAAUAGGCGUUAGCCGUGCUUCUUUACAGGUGCGUCACUGCAGUACCGCCUGACCUGUGUGCUGUGGCACAGCUUCAAAGCCCAGAUGAGAGCUUCCAGUUCGCUGAGCUGUUGCAGGCCAGUUGGCUUCCUAACAGGAACCCCAGGCGAGGGAAGGGCUUGCAGUCAGAUGCUGGCUGGCUGCGGGAGUGGGGGCUGAGG